CGGAGGACCAGCUAGAUGGGCGAUCCCGGAAUUGCGUGGAGGAACGUCUAAAGGGGAACAAGCGCUACGCCAAGGAGGGAAGGGCCAGUACGUCGCGGGCCUCUCUGGCCCUAUCCAGCCCCUGUUCUUGAUAGUCUUCCGGAAAAAAGGGAUCUCGGAGCCAGAGAGAUGUCGAGCGGAGCUAGGAAGACACGUUGCGCCGUGACGCUCUGGCCCGACGCCGACGGCCUCUCUGUGGCUCCCGGAGGACCUAAAGAGCCGAGAAUUGGAGGUUCAGCUUCUUCCUCUGCCCCCAGAUGGCCCUUCCCUGAACGCUGUUCGGCCCCUGCCACCUGGAGGCUGCUUUUCCCAGCCAGAGAGAUUCAGGUGGCUCAGCGAGUUCGGUUUGAGAGAUGUGCACGGUCCUGGAGCACAGAGGAGAGCCACAGGCCAGGCCUGCACCAUGAGGCCUGACUCCUUGUCCUUACCACUCUCCCACGGCCUCCAACCCAGGGCCAGGCUCUUGCUGAUGUGGUAACAAGCAGAGGGCCAGCAGAUGAAUGGACACGUUGAAGCAGAGGAGCAGCUGGACCAGGCCCUGCCCCUGCUUCCCUCUACCCACCAUGGGGGUCCUGAACUCUGACGCCUACCCUCCUUCCUCCCUGCAGAGGCCAGAGCAGGAGCCAACCUGGAGCUGGGGCCACACGCCUAGGAGCACCCUGGACAGGGUUGAGGCCAUGGCGCCCCCACCGCCACUGCCAUUGACCCCCAGCACCCCACUCCUGCAUGGCGAGUUUGGCUCCUACCCAGCCCGAGGCCCACGCUUCGCCCUCACUCUCACACCACAAGCCCUGCAUGUACAGCGGCUGCGCCCAAAGCCUGAAGCCCGGCCUCGGGGUGGCCUGGUCCUGCUGGCCGAGGUCUCAGGCUGCUGCACCCUACGGAGCCGAAGCCCCUUGGACUCAGCAGCCUACUUCUGCAUCUACACCUACCCAAGGGGCCGGCGUGGGGCCCGGCGCAGAGCUGCACGCACCUUCCGGGCCGAUGGGGCGGCCACCUAUGAGGAGAACCGUGCUGAGGCCCAGCGCUGGACCACUGCCCUCACGUGUCUGCUCCGCGGACUGCCACUGCCUGGGGAUGGGGAAAUCACCCCUGACCUUCUGCCAAGGCCACCCCGAUUGCUCCUACUGGUCAAUCCCUUUGGGGGGCGGGGCCUGGCCUGGCAGUGGUGUAAGAACCAUGUGCUGCCCAUGAUCUCUGAAGCCGGGCUGUCCUUCAACCUCAUCCAGACAGAACGACAGAACCACGCCCGUGAGCUGAUCCAGGGCCUGAACCUGAGCGAGUGGGACGGCAUUGUCACGGUCUCCGGAGAUGGGCUGCUGUAUGAGGUGCUGAAUGGCCUCCUAGAACGCCCCGACUGGGAAGAGGCUGUGAAGACCCCUGUGGGCAUCCUCCCCUGUGGCUCGGGCAAUGCACUGGCAGGAGCUGUGAACCAGCAUGGGGGGUUUGAGCCGGCCCUGGGCAUUGACCUGCUGCUCAACUGCUCCUUGCUGCUCUGCCGGGGUGGCAGCCACCCACUGGACCUGCUCUCCGUGACUCUGGCCUCCGGCUCCCGCUGUUUCUCCUUCCUGUCUGUGGCCUGGGGCUUCGUGUCAGAUGUGGACAUCCAAAGCGAGCGCUUCAGGGCUCUGGGCAGUGCUCGCUUCACGCUGGGCACGGUCCUGGGCCUUGCCACACUGCACACCUACCGCGGCCGCCUAUCCUACCUCCCUGCCACCGUGGAACCCACUUCACCCGCCCCUGCCCCUGGCCUGCCACGUGCCAAGUCAGAGCUGACCCUAGCCCCAGCCCCAGCCCCACCUGGGGCACACUCACCCCUGCAUCGCUCAGUGUCUGACCUGCCCCUGCCCCUGCCUCAGCCUGCGCUGACCUCCCCUGGCUCACCUGAACCCCUGCCCAUCCUGUCCCUCAACGGUGGGGGCCCAGAGGUGGCUGGGGACUGGGGUGGGGCUGGGGAUGCUCCACUGUCCCCGGAUCCACCGCUGCCCUCGCCCCCUGGCUCCCCCCAGGCAGCUCAACUCUCACCCAUCACCGAGGGGGCCUCAGAAAUGUCAGUAUCAUCUGGGGUCCCGCCUCCCACCCCUGAUGCCCCGGCAGCCAUCUCUGCGGGGGGCCCACCUGACCACCUGCUCCCUCCUCUAGGCACUCCACUACCCCCAGGCUGGGUGACAAUGGAGGGAGACUUUGUGCUUAUUUUGGCCAUGUCACCCAGCCACUUGGGGGCUGACCUGGUGGCGGCCCCCCAUGCGCGCUUUGAUGACGGCCUGGUGCACCUGUGCUGGGUGCGCAGUGGCAUCUCGCGGGCGGCACUCCUACGCUUGUUUCUGGCCAUGGAGCGCGGUAGCCACUUCAGCCUGGGCUGUCCUCAGCUGGGCUACGCUGCGGCUCGUGCCUUCCGCCUUGAGCCGCUCACGCCCCGCGGCGUGCUCACGGUGGACGGGGAGCAGGUGGAGUAUGGGCCAUUACAGGCGCAGGUGCAUCCCGGCCUCGGUACAUUGCUCACUGGUCCUCCAGGCUGCCCUGGUUCAGAGCCCUAAACCCAGCCAAGCUUGGAGCCCGCCAGGGGCGGGGCUUACAUUCCUGAGAGGGCGGGGCCUGUGCUAAGGGGCGUGGCGUGGCUGCUAGAGUCAGGGCGGAGGCUAGACUGGUCCUGGCCCGGUCUCAGGAUUGCGCCCUACCCUAGGGGACCAGAGGUGAUGCUGGAGGACGUCCCGAAUUCCAGGGCGUUGGGGUCGUGACGGUUACGGAGAAACGGGCUCUCCCCAAGGGUAGUGCCUGACCAAGGAGGGCGGGACUCACUCCAGACCCACAAGUUCGUCUCGUGGAAAGCCAGGUCGGCUGAGGGCGGAGCCUGUCGUCCAGUGACGUCACCUGGAAUGUACGGGCUGGGGAGGCCUUAGAUGACCGGCCCUGUCUACUCCGGUGCCUCCACCAAGGGGGCCAAUCAGCCCAGGAGGGGCAGGUUCCCCCGGCCGGCACUCCGAUUUGCACUAAUGUUCCUCUCCCCACAGGUGGGGGCGGGGAACUUCGUUUCCUCUGUCUCAUGUGCGUCCCCCAGCCCCAAUCUUCAAAGCAAUUGAAAAGGUCUAUGCAAUAAAGGCAGUGGCUUCAUUACUCUCAGG